CUGGUGAAAACGAUGAAUUUAUUAUGACCACUAACGCAUUUGGAAUCUUUGAAGGCAUAAAUAUGACUACUCCAAUGGGACCAAUUCAGAAAGCCUUUCAUGAGUUUUAUGUCAUCUCUCCAAAAUUAUUGUUGGUCCUUUGUGAUAGUAGAUUUCGAGGUGGUAUGUUUGAAUUUGAGGAUAAUUUUUUUGGAAUCAAAUAUCGUUCGAUUUUUGAAGAUGAUCCUCAUCCACCACCGAUUCCGGAAUAUGUAAAUAUCUCUCAACUUAAAUUAAAACUAGACAGUGAAUCUGAUGAUGAAUUUGAUUGUUUUGAAAAAGAUUGGUGGGAUAAGCAAACAGGUAUCAAAAGGCAACCUGAUGACAAAUUUACUUUUACAUUCGUCAAAGUCAAUUCAGCCACUGUUGACAUCGUAAAUUCUAUUUUGCUUAAUGAGGCAACUCCAGACCUACAAGUAUCAUUUCUUUCCCUUUCAUACCUUUAUAAGACAAUAGUUAAAUACAAUAAAAGUGUUAAGGACACCAGUACACUGAAAAACUUCUCAAAUAUGAAAAAGACUUUGUUCAGGGAAUUAAAUAGAACUCAUGAAGAGGACUUAAAUCUCAGAAAAAAUAUGUCUGCCGGCAAUAG